AUGACUGUCUUAGAAGGACAAAAUAUACUCAUAACUAUAUCUGGAAGAAAGAGAAGAAUAAGAGUCUACUAUCUGAGCUGGCUGAAACAGAAGAUUUUAAGGACAGAGGGUUCUGCAUCCGGAGCGACAGCAGAGAAGCGUAAUGGAUGGGUCAACGUUGGCGACCUUCAAGGUGCAAUACACUUCAAAAUCGUUCGCUAUGAGCGUAUCAAAUUCUUAGUUGUGGGUUUGGAGAACAGCAUUGAAAUAUAUGCAUGGGCUCCUAAACCGUACCAUAAGUUUAUGAGUUUCAAGUCUUUCGGAUCGUUAUCUCAUUUACCGCUCAUUGUUGAUUUGACUGUGGAAGAUAAUGCACGCCUUAAAGUAUUGUACGGCUCGCACGAAGGAUUUCAUGCAAUUGAUCUUGAUUCAGCCGCUAUAUACGACAUCUAUAAUCCUCCAAAUCCUCAACAAAAUAUGGUUCCUCAUUGCAUUGUUGUUCUUCCUAAUAGCAAUGGAAUGCAACUGCUUCUUUGUUACGACAAUGAGGGCGUGUAUGUGAAUACUUAUGGGAAAAUGUCUAAGAACGUAGUGCUACAAUGGGGUGAGAUGCCCAGCAGUGUCGCCUAUAUUUCAACUGGACAAAUCAUGGGUUGGGGAAAUAAAGCUAUUGAGAUACGCUCCGUUGACACAGGUCACCUUGAUGGUGUUUUUAUGCAUAAGAAGGCUCAGAAGCUCAAGUUCUUGUGUGAACGUAAUGAUAAGGUGUUCUUCUCUUCAGCAAAAGGUGGCGGUUCUUGUCAAAUCUACUUCAUGACCCUGAAUAAGCCAGGUCUUUCGAACUGCUUCUCAAAGGCAGCAUAUCACCAAAUUGACUAUGUUGAGAUCUUUCUGCGAAUAGGUGCGGGUAGCGAUUUAGUUUGGGUACGUGUGAAGAGGGUACCGGCGGAUUUUCGGGCAUGCCCCGAUCUUAACGAAGCAAUUAGCGAUGUAUUCGGCACUGAAGCCCCUUCUGAGCGGUCUGUGCGCGCCUGGUUCCAGCGCUUCAAAGCUGGAAGGAAGAAAAUUGGAGAUGAGCCUCGCUAUGGUCGACCGACUGCAACAUCGUUCGACGAACUGAAGAAUCUGGCGGAGCAGCAUCCAUAUGAACUUGUGCGGCACUUUGCUGCCAGUCUUGGCUGUUCGCUGUCUACCGUGAGCAAUGGACUGCGAUCUCUCGGAAUGGUGAAAAAGCUCGGUCAGUGGCUCCCACAUGCAUUGAGUGACGGCAACUGCCAAAGACGCCUGGACAUCUGUGCUCAGCUGCUCUCCAGAAGCCGCAGAUUCGACUGGCUGGACACCAUUGUCACUGGGGAUGAAAAAUGGGUCCCUACGUCAACCACACCCACAAAUAGGUCUACUGCGCUCAACUGCAAAGGCCGGCCCCAUAAGAUCCGCAAGGAGCUCCCGAAGCUCGACAACGUUCGCCUGCUGCACGAUAACGCGCGGCCUCACAUCGCGAAGAAGAAUUCCCAGAAAAUUCUGGAGUUCGGAUGGCGCCCACUGUACAGCCCGGACCUGGCCCCGACCGACUACCAUCUCUUCCGAUCGCUUCAGCAUCACCUAGAAGAGAAGCCGCUACGACGAUCGUGA